AUAAAUAAGAAAAAUCUGGCAACUUUACACACAGAAAUCUAAAUAAUUAAAAAAUUUAGAAGUGUUUGACAUCUUUGACAAAAAUUUAUAUUUUUUGUAAAAAAUACCGAAUAAAACUUAAAAAAUUAAGAUUUUAAUAAAAAUUCUUCAUUUCUAUUAUAUAACUCAAAUAAAUUCCAUGAAUUUCCAAACAAAAUGUCUGCAACCGCUUUUGUGAUGCCUAAUGACUUGUCUGAUUUGUGUCGCGUGUGUUUGCAAUUGCCAGAGGAGUCCCAAUAUUUGGAUUUGACCACCAUUUAUGAUGAAGAUGAUAAUUUAACUUAUGGUGAAUGUUUUACGAUUUGUACACAAAUAGAUUUAAGUGCCGGCGAAGGAGUACCUCAUCAUUUGUGCAAAUCAUGUGGUUUGGAACUGCAAAUGUCCUAUGAUUUUCAUAAGAAAAUUGAAGAAUCCAAAAAGGUGAUAGAACAAUGUCAAAAACAAAUAGAAGAACAAAAAAGAAAUUCCAACAGAGAAGAGUCACAAGGACUACAUUCAAAUGCUAGUGGAGAAAGGCGGGAGGUGGUUCAGCUUCUAAAUGAAAAAUAUGUCAUAAGUGAUGACGAGGAGGACGCUGAAGAGUUGGCAGGAUCUUCUCAGGAAAUUCAGGUUGUAAACAUAAUGCAAUCAGAAUUCGAUACACCAGCCCAGGAGGUAGACGAGACUGAUGAUAUGGAUAUUAUAAAUAAAAUUUGUAAUAUAGAGGAUAAUACACCGCAGGAAAUAUUGCCGGAUAAUGAUAGGGACACAACUAUGGAGCAUAUGGAUGCGCAUGAUGUGGCCGAUGAAGCUGAAGAAAUGGAUGACUAUCAAAAUUUGGAAACCUUAGAGGAUGAAGAAACGGAAACACUACAAAUAAAAUGUGGUGAAAACACUAUACCCAUACAAGUAACAAAAUACAAAACUUUUGAAUGUGGCAUUAAUGAAGAAUAUGUGGAAUAUGCUGAAGAAGAGGAAAAUGAGGAGGAUGAGGGAGUAGCAGAGUCAGAGCAAGAUAAAAUAUUAAAUGAAGAAUAUGCACAAGAACCAAAUGACGAAGAUAUAGCGGAACAUUUAAGAUGGCAAGAUAAUGUUGUGGCGGUAGCCAGUAAAGAACAUUUACCCAUUGAAAUUGAGGAUGAUGAUGAACAGGAGGAGGGAGAUGAAGAACAUGAGGCAAUAUAUGAAACAAACGAAAGUCACAUAAUAAUAGAAGAUAGUUCACAGGAUGAAAAUAAAACAAAUAAAACAGUCAAUGACAACGAUGGUAAUAAUAAUAAUAAUAAUCCAACACGUAAACGUCAUGUAGGCUCCUAUAGCUGUGACUAUUGUCAUCGUGUCUUUCCUAACUAUUCACGCAUGAAAACUCAUCGUCGUUGUCAUGAAAAAGAUCGUCCUAAAUUCUCUUGUUCCCAAUGUGGUCGGAUGUAUGCCACCAAACAAGCCCGAGAUUGUCAUGUGCAAACUGCUCAUGAUAAAUCCGGUUUUACCUGUAGCAUUUGUAAUAAAGUUUUUGCCAUACGCAAAAGUCUAGAGAUACAUGUACGCUAUCAUACGGGUGAUUUUCCACAUGCCUGCAAUUUAUGUGAUAAAAAGUUUGCACAAGUCUGCCAUUUGAAUACCCACAUUAAUGUUAAACACAAUAAAAUACGUUUUUCCUGUGAUUAUCCGGGUUGUGGAAAGUUUUUUACUUCCUCUACAUCAUUGCGUAAUCAUGAAUAUACUCAUGGCAUAAUGCCAUUCGAAUGUGAAUAUUGUCAGCAGGGUUAUCCGGCUAAAGCGAAAUUAAGAAUACAUAUACAACGUAAGCAUGGCAUGGACCUUAGUAAAGAUCAAUUGGAAAAUAUGCGUAAAUUUCAUGUUAUGCGUUCAAAAGUUAAUUUGGUGCAAUUUGUGGAUUCGUAGAAAGUAUAAUUUUAUAUUUUAUUUUAGCUUCUUUUUUGUAGUAUAAUUAAAAAAAAUAUAUUUAAAACACAAUUUCUUUGUUUUCUCUAUAGAAACAUUUUUCAAAUCUUAAAUAAAAAUGUAAAUAGUAAAUCUAUU